GUGGCUCCCCGUAACGCAGCGCCCCGGGGCCGCAGGGGAGAUGCAGGGCACCGUGCACCGCCUGCUGCUGGAGGAGAGGCAGGGCCAGCUGAAACCCGGCGCGGUGCUGCUGCUGAAGCAGGUGGGCGUCUUCUCCCCGUCCCACCGCAACCACUACCUCAACGUCACCCCCGCCAACCUGCUCAGGAUCUACCCGCCCGAGCCCGAGGGCAGCCUCUCGCAGCCGGAGGUGCCUGUCCCAGCUGGGUCACUCCGGGAGCAUCCCGCGCCGAUCCCCAGGGACGUCCCUGCCCCUGCGGACUGGGGACCACCAGGGCCGGGCAGCCACGGCCCGCAGCAGCCUCCCGGGGACCUCUGGCUGCAGCCACGGAGCCACGAGCCCGGGCACGAGGAGCCUGGGGGAGCCGAUGGCUACGACAUGGAUGACCUGGACAGGCUCCUGGGAGAGCUCCCCGAGGAUUUCUUCUCGGCGCCGGCCCAAGCCGACUGCUGCUGAGCGCGGUGCAGGCCCCGAGCAAGCAGGCGCUGCUCCGGCUGCCGGCCGCCUUCCCGUUCCUCCGUGCCUUCGUUGUGUUUGGUUGGGGGCUGGG